UGUGAGUCACCUCGGUUGUGUGAGAACAACAACAACGUGUGUGUCACCUGUACUGCUGAUGGGAUUCCUAGUUUAUUCAGAUGGGCCUAUUCUUGCGCACUGUACACAACUAGCAAUCCAUCACAGGUACAAAUCAGUCGUGUAGAUGCCAGUGUGAGUUACAACAGACAAGGAGUCUACUCCUGCACUGGCAGUGUACAAGUGAGAGACCUGGGCAAAGGAACUUAUUACUUCCAGAUACACCUUCAUUACCUCGGGAACAGCAGUGUCAUUAGCGCUUUCACAACUCCUAUUUCUUUAUACCCGCCCCCUGCUGCCCCCGUCCUGACACAAGAAGGGCAAACUUUCUCUGGAGACAGCGCCGACAAUGUCGUUCAUCUAAUCGCGGGACAGACAUAUUCAGUCCGCUGUGACGUCACUGGUGGCAACCCCCCUGUUUCUAGCGUUACACUGACCUGUCCAGGCAACAACCCUACAACUCAGGAAGGGUCCCAGGUUUCGAUUGACUUCCCAGUGACCAGUGACACACAUGACCAAAUGUGCGAGUGUGAGGCUGACCACAGCUUGGGAGACUAUGACAAAGAAAAAACCUCUGUUGUCAUAAAAGCUGCUUUCCCACCCCAAACUGUCACCUUUGAGAGAACAGACAGGGGCAAUAACUCACCUGUGGACAUCUGCUCAGACUUCCCGCCACAGAUACCGCUCCAGUGUUGGACGACCUCUAAGCCACAGCCCCAGUUCACAAUUCUCGUGAACAACCAAGAGUACGCUAGGUCAAGGCCAGAGCAUGUGGUUGGAAGUGGAAAACAUACCAACCUGUACUCGUAUGACUUUGUACCGAAAGCUGGAGGAACUUACAACCUCACCUGUACUGCCAAGGGAGACAAUACAGCGCCUGUUGAAAGUGACCAGCUGAUCAUUCUCGUCAGAGAACCACCACAAAAGGAACCGGAAAUCACCAUCACCAGCAUCGGACCAUCCGGCAACGUCUCGAAAAACCCGGAAGUCAUCUAUAAAAGCAUCGCUACAAAUGUCUCGUGCUUGGUUGAUGGUGGAUACCCGCCCGUGAGGACACAAGACAUUCUGUUGACUUGUGGGAACAUCUCCGGCUCUGAACAGAUAACGCUUCCUCCCGGGCACUCUACAGACGGAGAAAUAGCCUGCUCUUGUAGUGCGUCUCACAUUACUGGAUGUUACUCACAAUCUGCUCACACAAGAUUUAACGUUUCAGCAUUUCCACUGAGCCCUGAGACGAACACGGACAACUCUGACUUCACUGUGGUCGCCUCUGUUGGUGUCGCUGUUGUCGUUCUUGUUGUUGUCGUCGUCGUCGUCGUCGUCGUCGUCAUCGUCGUGGUGAUUGUGCUGGUGGUGAGGAGAAGAAGGCGACUUUCGGACGGGCUCUCCCAGGAUGACCCGCACGUGUAUCCCAGGGAAACAGCUUUUGCCACGCAGCCAGUAGAUGACCCACGGCGGGUCACAGGUCAACCGACAGAGAGGGGCAACGGUACAGAGCGACAAUCGGAUAGGCUCUCCCAGGAUGAAACUCACCUGGUCCUGUUUCCAAGUGAUGCGGCAUUGGCCACGGAACCAGUAGAUGACCCACGGCGGGUCACAGGUCAACCGACAGAGACGGGCAACAGUACAGGACCAGGUGAGGGUUUUGUUUGGCUUUGA